AUGAUUGUUGAGGAUGCCACGACCAUAGAGGAUCUAUGGCAUAUCAAGAAGAAGUUGUUGGUCCGUUGGUUGGACCAAACUGGGACGAAAGGGAAGCUGAGUGUUACGUCAACUAGAGACGCGCUCAUCAGAGCGGUAUGUGGCGACCUAGCUGGUAUCGAGUACAAGACUUGUGAUGUGGGGGAGGCGUCGUACAAGCACCCAGAUUUGCGACGUGUGGUGGUGCGGAUGGACGGAUCAGCCACGGGAUCAGACCACACAGUUGCAGCUACUGCUGCAACUGCAGUGGAUGCCCCUACAGAUGCCCCCACGGCAGCAGUGGAUGCCCCCACGGCAGCAGUGGAUGCCCCCACAGCUGCCCCCACGGCAACUGUGGAUGCCCCAAGGGCAACAGCGGAUGAGACAGAUACAGACGUUGACGGAGAAUGGAAAAUUUUUCAGGAUGUGGCCGAGAUGUUCGCCUGGGAUCCACACCCAGUGCACGGGAUACGUCCGUCGUCGUAUGCAUCGCUGUUACUGGCACAGGAGGUUGCAGGGCGAUCGGACACAGUGGGAGCAUCAUUCGACUUCGGGGCAGACAUGACGGAGCAAGAGGAGGUUGCGGCCACGCAAGCAGAGAUUCAAGAAGUAAGAGACCGUGGUUGGUGGGACAAUGCGGGCGAGAGUCGGGGUCCUAGUGGUAAUGAUCCGAUGGGAGGUGCUAUUCAGACAGGCGUGACAGCCAUGGAGGGGGAACGGCGAUGGGUGCGCAAGGCCAAAAGAACGCGGCGCAACCAGCGGAGUCUGCAGCCAAGUGCUGAAGGGGGGGGUGGUCCAUCGGAUGAUAUGGCAGUUGUCGAGGAAGUGAGUUUUCCGCAGCGGUUUAGUAUCCAUUUUCAUCACGUGAUGGUGCGCGGUGCUACUCUUGCCAAAGAAGGCCGUACUAUGACCGCGGAAGACGUCGAGGCUGAGCUUGCUCUAUCAGCCGAGCAUUGGGCCGGUGAUCACUCUCGCUGUGCUCGACAUGGCAUUGUGCCUCGGUGCGUCGCUGAUGGGUGGGGUCCAGAGAGUGCAGUGUAUGAAUACGGUGGAACCACACAUCUAGCCUUCAGGAGCUGGCUACGGAAACACUGUUCCGCAGAAAAGAUGCAACCGUUCGUGCUUGGGGCGUCCAGCUGGCUGAACGAGUCGUUUCAUUCGGUGAUUUGCAAAUAUGCACCGAAGAGGGUACAUUUUCGGGGGAGUAUGGAAGCACGGAUUGCACUUUCGAUUCUACAUUGGAACAACACCGUGGAGCUGCUUGGUCCUGAGACAUAUCAUCCGGAUCCGCCGUGCGACUCGUGUGCGCUGUGGGAAGAAAGAUCGCGUGCUUGGACCGAUGAACUGGCAAUGGAGGCAGGACAUUUUUGCCGAGUGGCGCCGCGCAUCCUCGCUGCCACGUUGACCCCAUUUAAUUGUUCAUGGGUAAAGUUUUGUGUGUUUUUAUUGUUGUGCGUUCUUUAG